AUGUCUAUUACAACUCUGUAUUAUUUACAGUUAAAAAAGGAAAAUGCUCAUGAAGAUUCAAUCUGGUGUUGCGCUUGGAGCCGCAUAGGUAGUGAAAAAAGAAAAGAAGACGAAAAUAACGAACAAAUUGAAGACUCCAACCCUCAAGAGAUUCAUGAGAAUUACAUAAUUACGGGAGGGUUGGAUGACAUUAUUAAAGUAUGGCAGUUGGAAGAUGGAAAACUGGAAAUAAAGCACCAACUUGAAGGACACUCACUCGGUGUAAUCUCUGUUGCUGUCAGCCCUGAUGGUAAAACUCUAGCCAGUAGUUCCCAAGAUUCUUCAUUAAUACUGUGGGAUAUUGCUAGCGGAGAGAAGUUAAAAACAAUGGAAGCAGGACCCACAGAUGUAUGGACAUUAGAUUUCUCACCAGAUGGCAAGCAUGUCAUAUCAGGAAGUAAUGCUGGCAAGAUAUUAAUAUUUAGUGUUGAAAGUGGUAAACAGGAGCAGGUUUUAGAUACAAGAGGAAAAUUCACACUUAGUGUGGCAUAUAGUCCUGAUGGAAAGUAUAUUGCGAGCGGAGCUUUAGAUGGAAUAAUAAAUAUAUUUGAUGUUGCUCAAGGGAAGCUUGUACAUACUCUAGAGGGCCAUGCAAUGCCUAUCCGUAGUCUUUGCUUCUCACCUGAUUCACAAUUACUUCUAACUGCAUCUGAUGAUGGACAGAUGAAACUGUAUGAUGUAGUACACGCCAACUUAGCGGCGACUUUAUCUGGCCAUGCAUCAUGGGUGCUUUCAGUGGCAUUUUCACCAGAUGGCAAGCGAUUUGUCUCCGGAAGUUCAGACCGUACAGUCCGAGUUUGGGAUUUAGAUAGUAUGCAAUGCCAAAACGUAUUUAAGGAGCACAAUGAUCAGGUUUGGGGUGUUAAAUUCAAUGCAGAAAGUAACAAAAUAGUGUCUGUAUCAGAAGACAAGAGUAUAAAUAUUUAUGACUGCCCAUUAUAG